UCUCCUGCAGUUACAGACGAGGAUAAUGUAAAACGAUAUUAUGCCAAGUUUGAAGAAAAAUUUUUCCAGACGUGCGAGAAAGAACUUGCCAAAAUCAACACAUUUUAUUCAGAAAAGUUAGCAGAAGCUCAGCGACGCUCAGCCACUCUACAAAAUGAGCUGCAAUCCUCCCUGGAUGCACAAAGGGAAAGCAGCCGGUUGCCAACCCUCCGGCAUCGUAGAAAAGCUGUAUUCACCCUUUCACAUGAGGAGCGGGUCCAGCACAGAAAUAUCAGGGACCUGAAACUGGCAUUCAGCGAGUUCUAUCUCAGCCUAAUUCUACUGCAGAAUUAUCAGAAUCUGAACUUCACAGGGUUCCGAAAGAUCCUAAAGAAACAUGACAAGAUUCUGGAGACAAGCCGCGGUGCAGACUGGAGGGUGGCUCAUGUGGAGGUGGCACCAUUUUAUACCUGCAAGAAAAUUAAUCAGCUGAUCUCUGAGACUGAGGGUCUAGUGACAAAUGAAUUGGAAGAUGGAGACAGACAGAAAGCCAUGAAACGUCUGCGUGUGCCACCCCUCGGAGCUGCACAGCCUGCACCGGCCUGGACUACAUUCAGAGUGGGAUUGUAUUGCGGGAUAUUUAUUGUGUUGAAUUGUGCAGUUGUGUAUACUGGUAAGCUUACAUGUUACGAGAGGUAUAAAAUUACUGAGGUCUGGCCCUUGGUGCGCAUUUACAGGGGUGGUUUCCUGCUGGUGGAAUUCCUUUUUCUUCUGGGCAUCAAUACUUAUGGAUGGAGACAAGCUGGCGUCAAUCACGUCCUCAUAUUUGAGCUCAACCCUCGUAACAACCUCUCACAUCAGCAUCUGUUUGAGCUUGCAGGAUUCCUUGGCAUGCUGUGGUGCCUCAGUCUAUUCACCUGUGUCUUCGGACAUCAUAUCUAUUUGCCAAUGCAGGUGAAUCCACUGGUUUUGUAUGGCUUCAUGCUGCUCUUUCUCAUCAACCCCACGAAGACCUUCUACUACAAGUCUCGAUUCUGGCUCCUUAAGUUAUUGUUCCGAGUGUUCACUGCCCCCUUCCAUAAGGUGGGUUUUGCAGAUUUCUGGCUGGCUGACCAACUCAACAGUCUUGCAGUGAUACUUAUGGAUCUGGAGUAUAUGAUCUGCUUCUACAGCUUUGAGCUGAACUGGGAGAGUGACAAUGGACUCAUUAGCAAUGGUUCUGGAAAGUGUAAUACAUAUAAUUAUGGGGUCCGAGCUGUGGUUCAGUGUAUUCCAGCCUGGCUGCGUUUCAUCCAGUGCCUGCGACGAUACAGAGAUACUAAAAGAGCCUUUCCUCACCUGGUGAAUGCUGGCAAAUACUCCACUACUUUCUUCAUGGUCACCUUUGCUGCUCUCUCUACCAAACCCACAAAGUCGGAUGCUCAGGUGUUCUUCUACCUGUGGAUCAUUAGUUAUGUCAUCAGUUCAUUAUAUACUCUUAUCUGGGACUUGAAGAUGGACUGGGGGUUGUUUGACAAGAACGCCGGUGAGAAUACUUUCCUGCGUGAAGAGAUUGUGUAUCCACAGAAGGCCUAUUAUUACUGCGCAAUCAUACAGGAUGUCAUUCUGCGCUUUGCAUGGACCAUACAGAUUUCUCUUACAACAUUAAACCUACAUGGCAAUAUUUCAGAUAUAAUAUCUACUGUCCUUGCUCCGCUUGAAGUCUUCCGCCGUUUUGUGUGGAAUUUCUUCCGUCUGGAGAAUGAGCACCUGAAUAACUGUGGUGAGUUCCGCGCUGUGCGCGACAUCUCUGUGGCACCAAUGAAUGCCGAUGACCAAACACUGCUGGAGCAGAUGAUGGAUCAGGAGGAUGGAGUGAAGAACCGAGCCAAAAGCAAGAUAUGGAAGCGCAGCCAGAGUAUCUCUCUCCGUAGACCACGCUUGUCCUCCCAGAGCAAGGCUCGAGAUGCCAAGGUCCUGAUUGAUGACACUGAUGAUGAAGCCAACACAUGA